UCUCUGUAUGUAUGUAUGUGUGCCUAUAAGACUCUGUAUAUACAUAUGUCUGUGCGUGUUGUUUAUCAGAUGUGUGUGUGAGUAUUAUUUGUGUUUUUUGAGUAUUAUUUACAUGAGUGUGCGUGUAAGGUAAAGGGAUUUUGUUUGUUUGUCCUGCGAAAGCUUUUUUGUUUGGUUAGUUUUCAUUGAGAUGCUUGAAGCGUGAGAUGUUUCCACCAGCGAGAAAAAAUAGCGUCGAAAUUCCCGUUUACGAAAUUGUUAGUGAAAGCGAAAGUGCGCGUGUGAGUGCCUCUGGCAGUCCAACUAGCAGUAGUAGUUGUUGUGAGCGUUUGAAGAAGAUGACAGCGGGACUUUUAUAUUUGGCGACGGCAAAUCACAAUCAAGACAAGGCGUUGAGUUUGGGCAUUGGUCGCGCUCACUUCGAGAAACAGCCGCCGAGUAAUUUACGCAAAUCAAACUUUUUCCACUUCGUUAUUGCGUUGUACGAUCGUGCCGGGCAACCGAUUGAAAUCGAACGCACCGCAUUUAUUGGUUUUAUCGAAAAGGAUUCAGAAUCGGAUGCGACAAAAACAAAUAAUGGCAUACAAUAUCGGCUGCAGUUGCUCUAUGCGAAUGGUGCCCGUCAGGAGCAGGACAUAUUUGUGCGACUCAUUGAUUCGGUGACAAAGCAGGCGAUUAUUUACGAAGGACAAGAUAAAAAUCCGGAAAUGUGUCGCGUACUGUUGACACACGAGGUUAUGUGCAGUCGCUGUUGUGAUAAAAAAAGUUGUGGCAACCGCAAUGAGACACCAUCAGAUCCUGUCAUUAUUGAUCGAUUUUUCCUGAAAUUCUUUUUGAAAUGCAAUCAAAACUGUUUAAAAAAUGCCGGCAAUCCCAGAGAUAUGAGACGCUUUCAGGUUGUCAUCUCCACACAAGUGACCGUUGAUGGCCCACUACUGGCUAUAUCCGAUAAUAUGUUCGUACACAACAAUUCGAAGCAUGGACGCCGCGCCAAACGUUUGGAUACCACGGAAGGUACAGGAAACUCCUCCCUGUCCUUAACGGGUCACCCACUUGCGCCUGACAGUACCUAUGAUGGUCUUUAUCCACCAUUGCCCGUGGCCACGCCCUGCAUCAAAGCUAUUUCGCCCAGCGAGGGUUGGACCUCUGGCGGCGCAACCGUUAUUAUUGUGGGUGAUAAUUUCUUUGAUGGCCUCCAAGUGGUCUUCGGCACAAUGCUCGUUUGGAGCGAAUUGAUUACAUCGCAUGCCAUUCGUGUGCAAACACCACCACGUCACAUACCCGGUGUGGUGGAGGUGACUUUGUCGUAUAAGAGCAAACAGUUCUGCAAGGGUUCGCCUGGCCGAUUUGUCUAUGUUUCAGCGCUCAAUGAGCCGACCAUCGAUUACGGUUUUCAACGUUUGCAAAAGCUCAUACCACGUCAUCCUGGCGAUCCAGAGAAAUUACAAAAGGAAAUCAUACUCAAACGCGCAGCCGAUUUGGUCGAGGCCUUGUACUCCAUGCCAAGAUCUCCCGGCGGUUCGACCGGCUUCAAUUCAUACACCGGCCAGCUGGCUGUAAGCGUUCAGGAUACCGCUGGCCAAUGGACCGAAGACGACUAUCAGCGCGCCCAAUCGAGCAGCGUGAGUCCACGUGGCGGCUAUUGCAGCAGCGCUUCGACGCCACACAGUUCGGGCGGCUCUUAUGGCGCUACGGUGGCCGCUAAUGGCUAUGGCCCCACAACCAAUAUGGGUACGUUAUCCUCCUCACCAGCCAGUGUUUUCAACUCCACCAGCAGAGUGAGCGGCCUCAGCUUCAAUCCAUUCACGCUGCCAACGUGCAACACCCAAGGCUAUGGCACAAGCCAACUGGUGACAUCGACCAAAUAAAAUGCGCAUUGGCUUACAAACAUAUGGGAACAGCAAAUAUCAAAGAAAUCUACUACAUACAUACUCACAUAAAACAUAUGAGCAUUUGCGAUUUGGUUACAACAAAAAUCAUAUUCGAAAUUACAUAUCUUUUUACUAGUGUUAAGCCAAGGCGGGGAUGGAAAAACGAUGAUCAAUCAAAAAAAUAUACAAAAUAUUGAAAAUAUAUUGAGAAAUAUUGAAAAUAAAUUAUAUAAAAAUAUUAAAAUUAAAUUUAAAUACUUAUACAUACAUACAUAUAAGAAAAAUAGAAAAAAAUGAAUUUGUAAAAAGUAAAUUCAAUAAAAUACAUAUAUACAUAUAUCGUUUUCUUCAACAUUAAGCGUUAAUAGAUGCAUAACAUGAAAAAUCAUUUCAUAUAAUAUAGUUGAAAAAAUAAAUAAUAAAUAAUUAAGUAAGCUAAAAUUAUUAUAAAUAUGUAUUACCUUUUGUUUUCGCGUGCAAUAUAAAGAAUUACAGUUUAUUUGUUAAUAAUGACAUACAUACACAUAUACAGAAGCGAAAAAAAAGGUUUGUUUUAAUAUUUUAAUAUUUAAUUAAAAAUAAUAUUAAGUUAUUUACAUUUUUUACUUUUUUUUGUAAAUACAUUUUUUUACUAAAAAUUUAUAAAAUAAAAAUUUAAAAAUUAUUUAUUAAGAACAAAAUAUAUAAAAAUGACAAAUAAUAUCAAACGAACAUAUUCAACUGUAAAUAGCAGCAACAAUUCAUAUCAGCAAACUAAACAAAACAAAAAACACACAAACAGAAAAAAAAAUUAAAAAUAAAAAUUAAAAUAAAAUAAAAAUAUGUGAAAACAAAUUAAAAAAUAAUUAAUAAAAAAAAAUUAAAAAAAAAAAAUUUAAAAAUUUUCAAAAACAAAAUUUAGAAAAAAGUUUCAAAAAAGGUUUUGAAAAAAGUUUCAAAAAAAAAAAGUUAAAAUUAAACACUGUAGAUAGUUAAUGAAUUUUAGAAGAAUUUGUAUACGAAGUUUCUGUCUGCAACAACAACAUAAUUAAUAUAAAAAAUUAACAGCAUAAAUUUAUCAAAAAAAAUAUAAAAUAUUAUAAGCAAAAAAUAGAAAACUGCAAUUACACACAGCAACACACACAUAAAGUUGAUCAUACAAGCAUAUAUACAAACAUACACACAUAUUUGUACACACACCAACACACACAUACAUAUAUUAAACAAUAUACUCAAGCAUACACACUUACAAUAGCUUAGCAUUAAAGUUUAGCCGAUAUUUAGCAAGAAUUUUCUUCUUUUUUGCUCACAGUGAAAAAAUAUUGAACAAAAAAAUAAAUACUUAACUAGAACAAUGCUAGCAAUCUAAUAAUAAAUAUAUGAAUGAAUAAAAAAAUAUGAAAAUAUGAAAAUUUGCAAGUUUUUAUUAAUAUAGUGACUUUAUAAGCGCAAAGAUUUUUGAAAUUAAAAUUAUAAUUUCUUUCAUGUUUUUAAUAUUGUUGAAUAAUAAUGAAACAAAUUACGCAUGUUGAAAAAAUUUGAUACUUAAUGGGUUAGGGAUAUUUCGCAACAACAAAAUGAAAAUAAUUUGUAUGUUUUUUAUAAUUUAACAAAAAAUUGUCUAAUA